AUGGCUGUCGCAAGCCCUAUCAGACCUACGCCUCCUUCCAUGGGUCUUCGCUCUCAGCGAUCCACCCAUCGCCUUAACCAGAUUGAGAAAAUCCGCGCCAACGGCAUCGGCGAUCUGGUUGACCUGCCACAGCUGGUGGUUUGUGGAGAUCAGUCGGCCGGCAAAAGUUCUGUUCUUGAGGGCAUCACUGGUAUUCCUUUCCCUCGUCAGGAGGGUCUUUGCACUCGCUUCCCCACUGAGAUUACGCUUCGUCAUUCCAAUGGCGCUUUCCGCUGUACAGCAACCAUCAGGCCUCAUGCUGGCCGGCCCGCUGGGACUUCUCAGAUUCUCCGCGGCUACCAGCGUGAGAUGAAGGAGGAUCUAUCAGAUCUUCCAACCGCCAUCGAGGAGGUCUCAAAGCUCAUGGGAAUCCGCGGGUUUACUUCCUCCAAUGACGACUCUGCUUUUGCCUCAGAUGCUCUCCGGAUUGAGAUCACCGGGCCUAUCGGACUGCAACUCAGCGUAGUUGAUCUCCCUGGUCUUAUUUCCGUUGCGAAUGAGGAGCAGUCGGAGGCAGACGUCGAAGCGGUCCACAGUAUGGUCCGCCGCUACCUUCAAAGUACCCGAACAAUUAUCCUAGCUGUCGUCCAAGCCGGCAACGACGUCGCAAAUCAGGGCAUCAUCAAGAUCGCCCGAGAGUAUGACUUGGAUGGUCAGCGUACUGUCGGCAUCAUCACCAAACCUGACCUCAUCAACGCCGGCACAGAAGCGAAACUAGCCAACAUCGCCAAGAACAAGGAUUCAAUCAAGCUUAAGCUUGGCUUUUUCCUCCUCAAGAACCCUAGCCCUGUCGAGAUGAAGGCUGGAGGAGAUGCUGCUACCCGCUCCAAACGGGAGAUGGAAUUCUUCUCUUCCGGUGCCUGGAAGACUCAGAACCUCGACAUGAGCCGUAUCGGUGUUGACAACCUCAAGUCUUACCUCCAGGACCUCUUAGAUGCUCAUCUUGAAAGAGAGCUUCCCAAGGUCAGGGACGAAAUCAGACGGGUGCUCGGUUCAACAGAGGAUGAUCUCAAGUCUAUGGGCCCUGAGAGACGGUCGCUCAACGACAUUCGUUCCUUCAUGACCAACCUCAGCAUGCGCUACUACCAGCUCGCCGAGGCUGCCUUGGCUGGCAACUACCACAGCACCGACCAACAAUUCUUCUCCAAAGACAGUGGCACCCGUCUUCGCGCCAUCGUCCAUCAGGAGAACGGUAACUUUUCAGCGGAGAUUCGCGACCAUGGCCACAAGAGGCAGAUGGCAGAUGAAGCCCGCCCCAAGAAGUCUGGAACAUCUACACCUGACGGACUGCAGAUCUUUGUCACCAAGGAGGACAUGAUUGAUUGGAUUCACACGACCUACCUUCAAACCAGGGGUCGCGAGCUGCCCGGGAAUUACAAUCACGUACUUCUCGCUGAGCUAUUUCAUGAGCAAUCCAGCCCGUGGCGUGAUAUUGCCGAGCGGCACGUUUCCACCGUUUUUGACCGGGUCUCCAAGUGGGUUCACCAGGCCAUCAACCGCCUCUUUCACGAGGAACACCUCCGCAGGGACAUCGACGCUAUUUGCCAACGGAAGCUUGAAAACUCUCGCGAGAAAGCCUUUGAGGAGCUCAACAAGAUUAUUGCUGACGAGGAGCGCCAUCCCAUCACGUACAAUCAUUACUAUACGGACAACAUACAGCAGGCGCGCAGCGACUCGCAAAAGUCGGCUUUCCAGAGCGCUCUAACAUCGACCCUAAACAAUGGUUGGUCUGGCAAGAUGAACAGUAUCGCGGAAGCCUCCCAGAUGGAGAAGUUCUUGGAUUGUCUGCAACCGAAGAUCUGUGUGGAUAUGGACGAACAGGCCUGCGAGGAGGCGCUCGCGGGCUUGAAUGCGUACUAUAAGGUCGCUAUGAAGACUUUCGUCGACAACAUAUGCAGACAGGUUGUUGAGCGGCACAUCUUGUCUCCCUUGCCAGAAAUCUUUUGGCCAGCCACUGUUUCCCAGCUAUCUGACGACGAGCUCGUGAGGAUCGGCACCGAGCCUGAGAAGGAGAUUGCUCGGCGACAGAAGCUCAGUGCCUCUGCUCAAGGACUGCGUAGUAGCCUGGUUGACUUGCAGAGCAUCUCAGGUUAG